GCUUAGGAGGCGGGAAGGAAGAAUGGGGAGUCCGUCUUUCGCUUGUGGUAAAGGAGCGGCCGUUUGCAAGCUACAGAAAGUCACUCAUCGUACGAACACAGAUGAAACGGAAGGGCAGAAGUCCUGCAGAGGAGCAGGGGGAGGCUUGUGGCAUCUGGCUGGAUACUUCGGCCCGCAAAAACCGUAAAAUGCAGACCCUAAUAGCUAAGCCAACACUAAGCAUGCAGAACAGGCCUUUGCUUUACCCUGUUCCAGAAAAAGUACCUCUUCCCUUCACCAAGCAAACCACCAUCUCCACCUUCUUCAGGUCUCAACCAGUAGGUGAAAAGAAAGCCAACAGAAACAGGGGGCUGUCAGGUGCUACAUCAGAAAGCAACUACAACCUGCAAGGACAUGAGUCGCUUAAAGGGGAGAGAAGCCAGUUGGUAUCAUUUCCACCACUUUGGGAAUUCAAACCUGUACAACAUCAUGCCCACCGAAUCUCUGCUCAGAGUAACAGCAGAUGGAUGGAUGGAGUGAAGGGGGGGAAAUGUACCACAGAAGAUGAGAACCUAGACUUCACUCAGCACCUGGAAGCAAAUGGGGUUAUUGAGCAUGCUGCUGUUUCCAGAUCACCUUUAGGAGACAAAAAUGGUGGCUGGAGACCGUCCAGCACCCUUUAUUCUCAGGCUAGCCGAAACCUGAAGGCUUUGAGAAAAGACAGAAGCCGUUCCUCCCACAGCAGGAGCUGUUUAUGCGAUUCCUCAAAUUCUGAGAACACAGAUCCUCAGUUGGAGAGGUGUGGCACAGCCAUGAAACUGAAAGGCUUCAACCAAAACAUGAUAGGGAUCCCCUCAGAAACAGUCACGCCUCCUUGUGUUUCUGAUAACGGGACAGAGAAUAGCCAGCCAGGAUGUACCACUUCCUCGUUCAGUCAAGACUCUGAGGGUGACAGAGUAAUUUCUCAAGGCUUUUCUGGUGAGCGAGGCAAUCUUUGUUUGCUGAAGCAGGCUUUGUGGGACAAAAGCCAUCGAGGAACCAACCAAGCCUAUAGAGACUGCUUCAGGGCUUGUUUUCCUGCAGAAAGUGGGCCACAGCUACCUGCAGGAGCAGAGAUUAGUCUGGAUACAUGUUACGACUUGCUAUUCACAGAGGAUUCGGAAGGCAAUAGGGUCAUUAAGCACUGACUUGUAAUUGUUCAGUGGGAUGCAGGCCUGGUUAUGCAUGUGAUAGUCAGGUUUGAAACUUAAAUAAAAGGUACACUGUAAAUAUAAGCACGUUGUAGGUUAUUAAUUAUUAAAUAAAGGGAUGUUACAUAAAAGAACAUGGCAGUCAUUUCUAGCAGCAAAAUAUGCCACAAUGUGCCCCUGGAGCUGUUCUGGACCAAGUCCACCAUUGUGCAGUCUACUCUAGUUGGCAGUAGUUCUCCACUGUUUCAGGCAGAAAUAGGUCUUUUCCAACAUCCUUCACUUGGCAUCCUCUAACUGGAGGUCAAAGACUGAAUCUGGAAUCCCCAGUAUGUAAGAUCCAUGUGCUUGACCAUGGAUCCACAGCCCCUUCUGAAAUAUUCAUAACUUAUUUACUUCCUGGUGUAAAACUGUUUAAGUGACAAAACAAGCAAAGCAGGGGGCGUUUCCUAUUCUGUCAACCUUUUUUCUGGGGGGGGGGGAAGUCUGCCACUGCUGUGUUCAGAGAUGCAUACACCUAGGCAUAGUGGUAAGAGUGUCAGUCUAGGAUCUCUGAGACCCAGGUUCAAAUCCACACUCAAUCACAGAAGCUCGCUGGGUGUUCUUGGACCAGUCCCGCACAUUCAUUCUGACCUAUCUGACAGAGUUGGGAGAAGGAUGAUGUUAGCCCCUUUGGGUCCCUAUCGGGGAGAAAGGCAGAGUACAAAUGAAGCUAUUCCAAGCCUUCAGCGUAACAUAUUUUGAUCAGGUCUCUCUCCCGGGAAGUGUGCCUGGCACACAGAAGGCUCACGCCUUGAGUAAAACUCUGUGGGUCCUUAAAGGGGCCACUGGCUCCAGCUUUGUUCUGGUGCUCCAGACCAACACGGCUGC